UGCCUCAAGUGUUUAAAAACAUUAAACAGCAAUUGUUAACAUUAUGUGGCAGUUCUUUUCUAUCUGUAAGAAAGGGUGUAAUUUAUUCAAUAAGACGAAUUAACGUCCGACCGUUGGUUUAAACCGUUUAGCACCUGGCGUUUAAUCAGAAACGUCCACACUACGCAUAUGUAACGUCGGGUACCACUGUGACUGCAAUUGGAUGUUGUUUUGUGUACUCCUCUCAUGUAACGGCUUGUCUGUUACGUAGUUGUUGUGUUAGCAUAGUAAUGGGAAAAUAAACGAUAAAGGGGCUCUUUGGCGCUCCAUUUUACGAAGCUCAUUUACCACCGACAUCUAGUUUAGCCAGGUGGUGUCCAAGCGAACACGGAAGUACGUGUGUGUUCCUCUCACUUCAGCGCCGCCUUCGUUUCUGAUGAACCUAUAGCAUCAGUGUCGUGAACAUCAGAGGUCCCUGGUUCGGCUUGAAAUUAGAUGGUGUAAUGCCGUUCAAGAAAAGAUCAAAGGUGACGAAUGGGAAAAGUGACAAGUGAAGAUUGGAUGGGUAUGAAAUAUGGCCUUGUUGCAAUGUAUCUUCAUGAUCCAACAACAAGAGAUGAAAAUGUGUUGACAAGACAGGAUUGAAGAAAAGAGGAGGAAAAGAGAGCAGAGGUGGCGCAGAUAUAAGAGAAUAAAAUAUGUGUUUAAUAUUUUUACAUCUUCAGUUUAUGAUCAGAGAAAUAAAAAUCUUUUUUUUUUAUAUUUUCUUUGAGUGGAGGACAUUUCCAGGAAUAGAUGAGUGGAGCAGAGAGAGUGAAAGAAGAAGAAAAGGGGAGGAAAGGAGAACAGAGUGAUCAGGAGUGGAUCAAAUAAAAUACUGAACUCUGACCCACCAUGGGAAACACAUCAUCAAAGAGUGGCAGCGGAGAGGAACCGGUUAAAACAAUCUUGUUUGAACAAGAGCAGCAAAGUGGGAUAACAUACAGAAUUCCCGCUCUCAUUUAUCUGCAGCACAGUCACACCUUCCUUGCUUUUGCAGAGAAAAGGUCCUCACCUUCUGACCAAGAUGCCAAAAUUCUUGUUAUGAGAAGCGGAACAUUGAAAGAUGAUGGAUCUGUUCAGUGGUCCUCCAGUCAGGAGCUGUCAACAGCACGUCAACCGGGCUGCCGCACCAUGAAUCCUUGCCCCGUGUAUGAAAAAAACAGCAGAACAUUGUUUUUAUUUUUCAUCUGCGUCUUGGAAACCAUCACAGAAAAAUACCAGGUAAUCACAGGUAGAAACCAGGCACGGCUUUGCUGUGUUAGCAGCAGUGAUGAUGGACAAACUUGGACAUCAGCAAAAGACUUGACAGAGAGUGUAAUUGGCGAAACUAUCCAUGAGUGGGCCACGUUUGCUGUUGGUCCCGGCCACGGUGUUCAAAUGGAAAAUGGCAGAUUGAUCAUCCCAGCAUACGCCUAUUACGUCCCUUACAGAUGCUGUUCCUUCCCCAUUCCUUGUACAGUCUACCCACAUGCACUGGCUAUUUAUAGUGACAACGGUGGGGAGACAUGGCACAUGGGUGAGAAGCUUCAAAAAUAUUCAUGUGAAUGUGAAAUGGCAGAGAUCAUAGACCACGAGGGCAGGUCUUAUCUUUACUGUAAUGCUCGUAACAAUGGCGGGAUCAGAUGUGAGGCCCUGAGUGAAGACAGCGGCAAGUAUUUUGACAAACCCCACAUGGCCUCAGAGCUCGUCGAACCACCUUCCGGCUGUCAAGGCAGUGUCAUUGGCUUUCCUGCUCCUGAAUUUUUCCCAAAUGAUGACGCCGAGAGCAAAGCUUGUGGCACAUCGCUCUUGUCUCCAGACACACAAACCUGGCUCCUCUUCAUGCACCCAACCAAUAAGUGUAGUAGAAGGGACAUGGGCGUGUAUUUGAACCGAUCCCCCCUGCACUCUUCCGGUUGGGACAGGCCCAGGAUCAUCAACAGCGGACCCAGUGGCUACUCAGACCUGGCCUACAACAGCGACAAGGAUCAGUUUUCGUGCGUGAUAGAGUGUGGGACACAUAGUGAAAACGAGCAGAUUGCCUUCAUAUCGUUUACCCUUAAUGAUGUCAUGCAGACAGGCAAUAAGAGAGAGAAGAAGAUGCGCAACCUAAAAAUCUAAGCAGAAGCCACUAAAUAAGCUGUGCAGUUACAUCUGUCUGUGUUUACUGUUGUUCUACAUUCUGGAGAUGAUAAUGCAUGAGUCUUGUGUUUUGUUGUCUCCUUGUUUACAUGAAAAUGUAAUUCAAGUCCUUAUAGUAUUAAUAUGCAACCAGCUGUAUCAGGAAGGAAACCAUUUUUUAAAGGAAGGGUGGUUGAUGUAAGCAUGCUGUGCUGAGCUGUCAUUUUUAAAACAGGCUUUGUGUGUAGCAUGUUUGACAAGCACUUCAUCCCCAUUUCUGCAACUUAUUAGACUGUCAGUACGGCUGAGCAGAGCAGAGCAGAGCUGAGAGUUUGCCUACCUCUUUUUAUUUUCAUAUGAAGAUCAUAGCAGGCCUUGUAAAGCGGAGCGUAGAGUAUCCUCCAAUGCUCAGUCUCUCCUUUACAUUUAGUAUUCUCUGAUUCACAUAUGCCUUCUACUCCACUGUUUAAACUUAAGCCGUGCCACAGCCUGUCAGCGCACAACCUUUUCUGUAGGUCACAGUGGGGGGCCGAAAAGUUGACAACAAAAACUGGACUGAAAAGAUAAAUAUUCACUUUUUACUUGCCAGCUAAUCAAGGAAGAGACCAGCUAAACUGUACCAGCUAAUGGAUUGAAAGAGAUUAUUUACCUUCAGCAAGCUACUGUCAAGAGCAUUUGUGUUACUUUGUAAUGUACACUGGUUUUUAUUACUUUCAUGUCCAAAAGCUUUAUAUCACUUUGCAACAUUAUUUACUUGUUUAUUUUCAGUUCCCCAGUGUAUUUAACAUGAUUUUCAGGACACACAUUUUUUUCCUGGCAUAGUUAAAUAAGUGCAGUAUUACGACCAGGUAUGAUUGAUUGGCUGUAGGUUAUCACAUGAGAGCAUGAUACAGCCGAUGAAGAUUAACUAUUUAUAAAGCUACUAGGAAUUUGCACACCUUGUACUGAACGGUUUUAACAUCCCUCUUUGCCUAAUGUUGUGUGGCAAAAUGCCUCGAGGUGACUUGUUUCAUUGUCUUUUUGUUGACUAUUGUGGAAAGUGACAAAACCUGCAUGAAACGUGUAUUUUAGUAGAAAAUAAAAGUAACCUGUGAUCACCUGA